UUUGUUUUGUAGCCACCUACCUAUAAAUACACAACUUUUAUAACCAGUAAACUAGCAUUUCUCUCAUUCAGCAGUCUUUCCCUAUUUACCAAACUAAAUUAAAACCAAAUUAAAUCAACUUUAUUUUAUACAAUUUCCAACCAUGGGUGAAGAAGUUUUUGAUAAUAAUAAUAUGUCAAAAUUAUCCUCCUCCUCCUCAUCACUAUCACCACACUUUAUCUUAGUCCAUGGUGUUAGCCAUGGUGCUUGGUGUUGGUACAAGGUUCGAGCCCUCCUAGAGACUUCCGGUUGCGUGGUCACAUGUAUCGACCUUAAAGGGUCCGGUAUCGAGCCAUCCGACCCCAACCUUGUGGUUUCCUUCCAUGACUACAACCAACCUUUGGUUGAUCUCUUGACUUCACUCCCUAAUCAAGAAAAGGUGAUAUUGGUAGGGCAUAGUGCGGGGGGAAUUAGCGUGACAGAGGCCAUACACAAGUUUCCAGAAAAGAUAGAAGCUGCUGUUUAUGUUGGAGCAACCAUGCUUAAGUUGGGUUUUCACUCUGAUCAAGAUGUUAAAGAUGGAGCUCCAGAUUUAUCAGAAUAUGGCGAAGCACUUGAUCUCGGAUUUGGAUUAGGAAUGGAUCAACCUCCAACAAGUGCUAUUAUUAAAAAAGAAUUUCAACGGAAAAUUUUGUACCAAAUGAGCACUAUUGAGGAUUGUACACUAGCGGCGAUGUUGUUACGACCAUUCCCACUAGCCGUAACAAAGGCACAAUCGGAGGAAGGGAAAGAAUCGGAAAGGGUAGCUCGGAUAUACAUCAAGACAUUGGAAGAUAGGGUGAUAAAGGAAGAGCAACAAGAUGCAAUGAUAAAGAGAUGGCCACCAACACAAGUUUAUGGGAUUGAAAGUGACCAUUGCCCUUUUUUCUCUAACCCACUUGUGCUCGUUGGCUUGCUCCUUAAAGUUGCUACUACUACUACUACUAAAUUUACUUUUUAGGAGUACUACCUCUACCUAUGUAAAUGACUCAUAUAUAUUGGACUUUACUUUUAGCAUAAUUCUCACAUGGGUUGUUUGUUUGGUUAUUGUUUAAAAGAAUAUAUAUCUCUCUAGCUAUAUACUUAUAUAUUUUUAUUUUUUUAAAAUGUGAAUAGGUCUAUUUUGGAUCAUGUAAGUUGAAUAAUAUUAAUGUAGUUGUAAUUUACCGGGUUUGAUAUAUAAAUUAUGUAUUAUACUUUCUCCA